AUGAGUCAGCCACCCAGUGCUCCGCCUCCUGCGGAGGUGACGCUAGCGGGCGCCGAGGGCCCCUCCAAGUCGGCGCAGAAGAAAGCCGCCAAGCUUGCUGAGAAGCAGGCCAAGGCUGCUGCAAAGAAUGCGCUGAAGGCCGAAAAAGGCCCUGCGCCGGCCACGGGGGGUGCCAAGAAGGAGAAGGUGAAGAAGGAGGUGAAGGAGGAGCCCGCGUGGGUGGACCCUACCGUGCCUGGCGAGAAGAAGGACCUAUCGGCGCCGAUGGAGAGUGGCUACCAUCCGCUGCACGUCGAGUCAUCCUGGUACGCGUGGUGGGAGAAGAAGGGCUUCUUCACGCCCACGCCGCCGAGUGACGAAGCGCCGUGGGACCCCGCGAAGACGUUUGUGAUCCCGCUGCCCCCGCCGAAUGUGACGGGCGUGCUGCACAUUGGCCACGCGCUGACGAUCUCGAUCCAGGAUGCGCUCAUGCGCUUCUACCGCAUGAAGGGCUACCGCACGGCGUACGUGCCGGGCUACGACCAUGCAGGUAUCUCGACGCAGACAGUCGUGGAGAAGCGCCUGGCGAAGCAGGAGGGCAAGUCGCGCUACGACUAUGGGCGCGAGGCGUUCGUCGAGAAGGUGUUCCAGUGGAAGGACGAGUACCAGCGCCGCAUCGGCCUCCAAAUGCGCCGCUUGGGCGCGAGCUUUGACUUUUCGCGCGAGGCGUUCACGAUGGACCCUACACGCAGCGAGGCGGUGACGGAGAACUUCUGCCGUUUGUUCGAGGAUGGCAUUCUGUACCGUGAGAACCGCCUGGUGAACUGGUGUGUAUACCUGAACACGACGCUGUCGAACUUGGAGGUCGUGCAGAAGACGCUGCCCGGGCGCACGCUGAUGAACGUGCCGGGCUACCCGCCGAACGAGCGCAUCGAGUUUGGUGUCAUUGUCUCGUUCGUCUACCGCGUCGUGGACUCGGACGAGUCGAUCAUUGUGGCGACGACGCGUCCUGAGACGAUCCUGGGUGACACAGCUGUGGCGGUGCACCCCGACGACGAGCGGUACAAGCAUCUGCACGGCAAGAAGCUGCAGCACCCCUUCCUGGCUGACCGCCAGAUCCCGAUUGUGACCGACUCGAUCGUCGUGGACAUGUCGUUCGGCACGGGUGCCGUGAAGAUCACGCCUGCGCACGACCCGAACGACUACGAGGUCGGCAAGCGCCAUGGCCUGCCGUUCAUCAACAUCCUGAACGAUGACGGCACCCUGAACGAGAAUGCAGGCGAGUUUGCCGGCAUGAAGCGCUUCAGUGCGCGCCGCGCGGUCGUCGAGGCGCUCAAGGCGCGUGGCCUGUACGUCGAGACGAAGGACAACCCCAUGGUGGUCCCCGUGUGCGAGCGUUCGGGCGACGUGAUUGAGCCAGUGAUGAAGCCGCAGUGGUGGGUGAACUGCAAGCCGCUCGCGGAGGCGGCCGUCGCCAAGGUCCAGAGCGAGGACAUGAUCAUUGAGCCGCCGCAGAGCAAGCGCGAGUUCUUCCGCUGGAUGGAGAACAUCCAGGACUGGUGCGUGAGUCGCCAGCUGUGGUGGGGCCACCGGUGCCCCGCCUACUUCGUCGACAUUGACGGCGAGACACAGGACCCCGCGGAGAGCCGCUGGUGGGUCGUCGGGCGCACGCUGGCGCAGGCGGACGGGCGCGCGGCCAAGCUCGCGGCGGGCCGCCCCUACACACUGAAGCAGGACGAGGAUGUGCUGGAUACGUGGUUCUCGUCGGGCCUGUGGCCGUUCUCGACGCUCGGCUGGCCGAAGGCGUCCGACGACAUGCGCUACUACUACCCCACAUCGAUGCUCGAGACCGGCUGGGACAUUUUGUUCUUCUGGGUUGCGCGCAUGAUCAUGCUGGGUGUGUACCACACGGGCCAGCUGCCGUUCAAGGAGGUGUUCUGCCACGCCAUGGUGCGCGACGCGCACGGCCGCAAGAUGAGCAAGUCGCUCGGCAACGUCAUCGACCCGAUCGAUGUGAUCGAGGGCAUCUCGCUCGAGGGCCUGCAGCAGCGUCUGCGCGAGGGCAACUUGGACGAGAAGGAGAUCGCCAAGGCGGCCGCCGGGCAGAAGAAGGACUACCCAAAGGGCAUUCCCCAGUGCGGCACGGAUGCGCUGCGCUUCACGCUGUGCGCGUACACCGCGGCCGGGCGCGACAUCAACCUGGACAUUUUGCGCGUGGAAGGCUACCGCAAAUUCUGCAACAAGCUGUGGAAUGCCACGCGCUUUGCGCUGCUCAAGCUCCAGGACGGCUUCCAGCCGCUCACACUGGACGCGCAGGACGCCUUUGCGCCGCAGAGUCUCGUGGAGAAGUGGAUCCUGCACCGCCUCAACGUCACGGCGCGCCAGCUGAACAGCGACAUGGAGUCGCGCUCGUUCAUGAGCGCCACGACGUGCAUCUACAACUUCUGGCUGUACGACCUGUGCGACGUGUACAUUGAGGCCAUCAAGCCCAUCACCGACCCCAGCGCCGAGCCCGCGGCGCGCGCGUCUGCGCAGCACACGCUGUAUGCGUGCCUCGACGCCGGCCUCAAGAUGCUCCAUCCGUUCAUGCCCUUCGUCACCGAGGAGCUGUGGCACCGCCUGCCGAGCCGCCCCGGCGAGACGAGCGAGACGAUUGCGCACGCGCGUUUCCCGACGUGGAACGACACGCACGACUUUGGCGCGCAGGCGGCACAGUUCGAGGACGUGUUUGCAUCCGUACGCGCGAUCCGUGGCCUCGCGGCCGACUAUGGCCUCACGUCUCAGAUCCAGGCGUAUAUCGAGGCGCCCGACGCGGCGGUGCGCGCCAUGCUGUCGUCGCAGCAGAGCGUCAUGCACACGCUCAUCAAGGGCUGCGAGAGCGUCGCGUGCGUGGCACAGGCCUCCGAUGUGCCGGCCGGCUGCGUCGUCGCCAGUGUCUCAGCGUCGAUCCAGGCCCACCUGCUCGUGCGCGGCCUCGUGGACAUUGACCAGGAGCUGAGCAAGCUCGCCAAGAAGCUCGCGCUCAACGAGACACAGCUCCAGCGCACCACGGCGCUCACGCAAAAGCCAGACUGGGCCAAGACACCCGAGGACGUGCGUGCAACGACCGAACAGCGCCUGCACGACCUCGAGGGCGAGAAGGCCGCGCUUAUGCAGGCCCAGGCCAACUUUGAGCACCUCCGUAGCGCGUAG